UGCGUGCGGGAAAUGUCAGCUUCUUCGCGUCUGCAAAAGCCAAGACUGCGCCACUCCACUAAUAAAGACGAGGCACAGGAACAGGAAUAGCCCCAUUUUCAAAAGCUUCUUAAAAAAAUUAUUCCCAUGAACGAGAACGCUACGCUAGCUGUCGCCGUGCCUCAGGAGCUCGAUUCCUUGUUUCUUUCCCCAAUUUCUUUAUUAUUUCUCUGUUUUAAUCAAAUGUUUUCUCCAAAAGGAUCAAUCACCAGUAGGCGAUCCGUUUGGGGCUGCUCAGCAACCAAAAUUAUUUGACUCUCCAGAGAUUUGUUGUGCCAAUCAAGGCGCCACACGUACAAUCCUCGCCCGCGACAUUGCUCCACCUCACCACCCACCAGCUUGUUCUUUCUCGUCCUUUGAUUUUCCUUUUGGGGCCCUAGAAUUUUGCAAUUAUUGGAAGGCGGAGCGGCGCAAAGUUGGAUAUUCAAGCAUUUGGGGAUCAGAAUCUUAUCUGCCUACUGCAUUUCUUAACCAUUUUGCAAUUUCUGCUUCUGCUUCAAUUUUUUUCCAUCUGGAGAUCCCAUGAGUAUUGUAGAAUUCAGAGAGAAGGAGAUGUACCAGCAGAAGAAGUUAAGGGAAGAACAUACUUCUUCUUCUGGGGCCAGCUUCUGCAAGGAAGUGACCGAGUUGCGCCUUACAUCGAUAGAUUCUCAAGCAGCAACUUCUCGUCCAGAGUUCAAAAGCGUCUCUUCCAGGAAAUCUUCCACUGGUUUUGGCAGGAAUUGUAACAAUGUACAUGAGCUACUAGAUUGCACUGUUUGCAUGGAUUUAAUGCACCCUCCAAUUUACCAGUGUGCAAAUGGCCACACCCUUUGUUCAAGCUGCAAGUCAAGGGUUCACAACUGCUGCCCUACGUGCCGCCAUGAGCUUGGAAACAUAAGGUGCCUAGUGCUGGAAAAGGUGGCCGAGUCGCUCGAACUCCCUUGUGUGUACCAAAAUCUAGGCUGCAUUGACACGCUCCCAUACUACAGCAAGCUUAAACAUGAGAAGAACUGUAAAUAUCGCCCCUACAACUGCCCUUAUGCAGGAGGUGAAUGUUCUGUAACUGGUGACAUCCCGUACCUCGUCAUGCAUCUCAAGGACGAUCACGAGGUUGAUAUGCAUGAGGGAUGUUCCUUCAGCCAUAGAUACGUCAAAUCCAAUCCCCGAGAAGUUGAAAAUGCUACAUGGAUGCUAACUGUAUUUAACUGCUUUGGACGACAAUUCUGUUUGCACUUUGAAGCAUUUCGGUUAGGAACAGCACCUGUUUACAUGGCGUUCCUCCGGUUCAUGGGCGACGACGAUGAUGCGAAGAAAUUUUCUUACAGUUUGGAAGUUGGUGGAAAUGGGAGAAAACUCAUGUGGCAAGGUACGCCGAGAAGCAUCAGGGAUAGCCAUCGGAAGGUUCGGGACAGUCAGGAUGGAUUGAUCAUUCACAGGAACUUGGCUCUGUUCUGCUCUGGAAAUCAUGGCCAGGAACUGAAGCUCAAGGUUGUAGGACGAAUAUGGAGAGUACGGUGAGAUUUGAGAACAAUAUAUACAUUCUCAAAAUUUGUACAAUAUGUGAGACUUAUCUCUGUAAAGGCUACGGUUCAGCAUUGUUAGAAGCUUGAUAUUUCAUCAUCA